GAAAGAAAAUUCUGAAAAGGAUAUAGAUGAUUUCAAUAAUGUUGAGUAUUUACCAGCUAUCGAUACUACUGGUCUUCUUAAAAAAGUAAAAAAAAAAGAUGCAUCACUUAAAUUAUUGCAAAUUAAAUACGAUUCUGCAAAAGAUUUUCAAACUGGAGAUAAUUAUUCUCAAUCAGCUCAACAAACAACACCUACUCAUAAUUGUGCAGAUGACAAUGAUGAUGAUUUUUUUCAAAAAUUAGAAUGUAAAGAAUUAGGCA